AAUUUUUCGAUUCCAAAUAUGAUUAGAACUCGAGUCCGAACUGAAUUUCAUCUCUAACGGCUUAAAACACCUCAAAAAGAAGGAAGAAGGAAGCCAGAGAACCGAGAAACCCAAUCCAUGAAUCGAAGCUCUCCCAUCAAGCCUUCACCCUAAUAUUUUCGAUCCCCCUUUCCUUUCCUACAAAUGGCGAACGUCUCGGUGGCCGCUGAGUGGCAGCUCCUCGGCGAUCGCUAUUACCGCAAGCCUGAUCUCUACCACCCGUUGCGGUGGAAGCACAUCGACCUUAGUCGUAAUAAGGUCGCCUGCGCUCCCUUCGGAGGGCCCAUCGCCCUCAUCCGGGACGACUCCAAGAUCGUCCAGCUCUACGCCGAGUCUGCCCUCCGCAAGCUCCGCAUCUUCAACUCCGCCGGUGUCCCACUCUCCGACACCAUCUGGAAGAACCCCGGAGGCCGACUGAUCGGCCUCUCUUGGACCGACGACCAAACCCUCGUCUGCAUCGUCCAAGACGGCACCGUUUACCGCUACACCGCCCACGCCGAGCCCCUUGAGCCCAACUUCUCGAUCCUAGGGCAAGAGUACCUGGACGAGAACGUGGUCGAGUGCGUUUUCUGGGGAAACGGUGUCGUCUGCGUGACGGACGCUUGCAAGGUCUUUUCCAUUGCUGAUUUUAAGAGCAAAAGCCCGAGGCCAUUGAGGCUUGCGGACCCGGCACCGGAGGGGAUCGAGGAGCUGCCGCAUUGCGUCGCCGUGAUCGAGCCCCAGUACACCAUGUCCGGGAACGUAGAGGUUCUUUUGGCGAUUGGCGAUGGGGUGGUGAUGGUGGAGGAGGACGAGGUACAGCCGUUGCCAUUGCCACCCGGCGAUGGACCGCUUCAGAAGAUGGUGGUCUCAGGGGACGGGAGGUUUGUCGCGUCUUUUACGCACGAUGGCCGAAUGGCGGUGUACUCUACGAGGUUCGAGAAGAUCUUUGAAUACGAAUGCGAGUCAGCUCUUCCUCCUGAGCAGCUAGCAUGGUGUGGUUUAGACAGUGUGCUACUGUAUUGGGAUGAUAUGCUUCUGAUGGUGGGUCCUUCUGACGAACCGGUGCGCUACCUGUAUGAUGAACCAAUAGUUCUUAUCCCCGAGUGUGAUGGAGUGAGGAUAUUGUCUAACUCAAGUAUAGAAUUUCUACAACUGGUGCCUAAUUCCACUGUAUCCAUCUUUAAGAUUGGGAGUACAUCGCCUGCUGCUUUACUGUAUGAUGCUUUGGAUCAUUUUGACAGGCGCAGUGCCAAGGCAGAUGAAAACUUGAGAUUGAUAAGAUCCUCCUUGUCAGAGGCUGUUGAAGCAUGUGUUGAUGCAGCUGGUCAUGAAUUUGAUGUUUCACGACAAAGGACACUGCUAAGAGCUGCCAGCUAUGGCCAAGCCUUUUGCAGCAAUUUUCACCGUGACCGUAUUCAAGAAAUGUGUAAAACUUUGCGAGUCUUAAAUGCUGUGCGCAGCCCUGAGAUUGGCAUUCCUCUCAGUAUCCAGCAAUAUAAGCUACUUACACCGUCUGUUCUGAUUGGUCGUUUGAUUAAUGCACACCAACACCUUCUUGCCCUGCGGAUAUCAGAUUACCUUGGAAUGAAUCAAGAGGUGGUGAUAAUGCACUGGGCAUGUUCAAAGAUAACUGCUUCAUUAGCAAUCCCUGAUGCCACUCUCCUUGAAAUCUUACUGGAUAAGUUGAAAUUAUGCAAAGGAAUAUCCUAUGCUGCAGUUGCUGCCCAUGCUGAUAAGAAUGGCCGCCGGAAAUUAGCUGCUAUGCUUGUUGAACAUGAACCACGUUCCUCAAAACAGGUCCCUCUUCUUUUAAGCAUAGGAGAAGAAGAUACAGCUUUGAUUAAGGCAACUGAAAGUGGUGAUACUGACCUUGUUUAUCUUGUUCUGUUCCAUAUCUUGCAAAAGAGGCAACCGUUGGAGUUUUUUGGAAUGAUACAGGCCAGAACCCUGGCACGGGAUUUAUUUAUAAUUUAUGCACGGUGUUAUAAGCAUGAAUUCCUGAAGGACUUCUUCCUAUCAACUGGACAACUCCAAGAGGUUGCUUUUCUGUUAUGGAAAGAAUCAUGGGAACUAGGAAAGAAUCCCAUGGCAAGCAAAGGAUCUCCACUCCAUGGUCCACGCAUAAAACUUACUGAGAAGGCCCACAAUCUUUUCUCAGAAACGAAGGAACAUACCUUUGAGUCAAAGGCUGCUGAAGAGCAUGCAAAAUUGUUAAGAAUGCAACAUGAGUUGGAGGUGACUACAAAGCAGGCCAUUUUUGUUGAUUCAAGCAUUAGCGACACAAUUCGCACGUGUAUUGUAUUGGGAAAUCAUCGAGCUGCAAUGAAAGUGAAAACAGAAUUCAAGGUUUCUGAGAAGAGGUGGUAUUGGCUUAAGAUCUUUGCUUUGGCCACGAUCAGAGAUUGGGAUGCACUGGAAAAGUUCUCAAAGGAGAAGAGACCGCCAAUUGGCUACCGUCCAUUUGUGGAGGCCUGCAUUGAGGCAGACGAAAAAGGGGAAGCUCUAAAAUAUAUCCCCAAACUCACAGAUCCUCGAGAAAGAGCUGAGUCUUAUGCUCGGAUUGGCAUGGCCAAGGAAGCUGCUGAUGCUGCAUCGCAGGCGAAAGAUGGUGAAUUGCUUGGUAGAUUGAAAUUGACCUUUGCACAGAAUGCAGCCGCUUCAUCAAUUUUUGAUACGCUUCGUGACAGACUUUCCUUCCAAGGAGUUUCUUAAACUUCCAACUUUAUUUUUAUUUUCUCAUCUUCGCAAUCUUUUCAUCGGGGGCUUUUUUUUUUUUUGGUGCAAUUUCUCCUUUAAGUAGUGUAUAUUUGCGAAUGUAUGUAGUAGAGACCGUAGUUUCGUUUCUCGAGAUGAUUAAUGCCACUGAAAGUUCAGUCCA